AUGCGACAGACUCGUAACAUCAUCUUUUUGCUAACCCUCUUACUGUUGCGGAUUUCGUUUACGACCGCCAAAGGUGGCAAGGCCAAAGAACCAAACGAAAAAGUAUGGAUCUUUACCAUCAAAAAUGAGCUCAGAAAGCAUUCGGAUCUGGGAGAUAUGCACAAAGCUCUUGAAGAGAUUGAUGAAAAGCCGCCGAACGGUGCGGUCUUUGGCUCCUAUGAUGAAAAAUGGGGUACAUUCUUUAUGACGGUAAAUUGCACCGAGGCAAAGAAAAAGACAAUAGAUACAAGGUUCAAGCAUUUGAUUUCGGCGUCUGCAAAAUACGAUAAGUACCGAACGCCUCUAUAUACAGCACACGAAGCUCAAUAUACGAUCGACAGGAAUAUCAAUCAACGUCAGGAACGGCUUAUGAUGCUGCAAGAAGAAGGCCAGGAGCCGCCUUCAAAUUACUUUUAUCAUAACUCGGAAGGGGAGGGUGUCACUGUAUAUUUCAUAGACACUGGAAUCAAUAGGAACCACCCUGAAUUCGCUCAAGCGGAGUUAGCAGGCCGUAUUGAGGUUAUAUUUUCUGACCCACUGCCACCAGAUCCAAAUGACCCCGGCAGACGGAAAAUAGAUAUCGACUCGAGCCUAAGGUUCAGUCAUGGCAGUAGCGUGGCUGGUGUAGUCAUUGGACAGAAAACUGGCAUAGCAGCGAGAGCAAACGUGGUCAUGAUUGCGGCUCUGGAUAAAAAAGCCCUUAGCAGCGAGGCCCUAUAUCUGAGUGCUCUUGUCAAGCUUUAUAGGCACAUUGUUACCAAAAAUAAGAAAAAUAGAGUCAUUCUGAAUCUGUCCAUGAACGCUGGAUAUUUCCGGGAGAACAAUGACCCAAUAGAGAACGAUAUCAGAGAUGGUCUCUCAAUCGUUUUUGACGCAUUGGCGGAAAUGCCUAAUCUUAUUAUAACAUCUGCUAGUGGGGUAUCUGAAUGGACUCAGGAGCACGUUGCAUGGUCAUGGCCGAAUAUGAGGGCCGAAACCCCCCAAACAGCCAAGAAUUUGGUAAUCGUGGGAGGGGUGGAUAAGGAGGGCUAUGGCAUUUUUCAAAAGCCCGAGCCUGGCUUCCAACAGGUAUACGCUCCAGCGUAUGCUGUCAAGAUCGCCUCCAAUGUUGGCUAUCAACUAACUACCGGCACAUCUUUUGCAUCCGCAUAUGCAGCCGGUGUUUUGGCAAAUUACCUAUCCAGAGACCCAAAGUUAGAACCACAAGAGGCGUUGAAAAUGCUUAUACAGAGGUCCUACCCGAGAGUUAAGGGAGGCCCGAAAGUAGUAUGGCUUGGUAUUACAAUGAAGGAUGCAGGUAUAACCUAUGGGAGUAGGCCGGGCCCGGGUGUUAUUUGUAAGCGUGACGACGAUAAAUGCGAAAAGCAGCCUCCGGCGAAGACCCCAUCGAAAGGUAGUCCACAGAAAGACGAUCCAAAGAAAGAUGACCCAAAGAAAGAUGACACCCAGGGAGGCGAUGGCGGGUUUCCAACUCCUAUUGAUGACGGCGGCGAUGACGAUGACGAUGACGACGACGAUAACAAAAGUGAUUUUGGAGGUGAUGACGGCGCCGGUACCGAGAGUGUUUACUACGUGGCGACAAGUACAGUCGUCGAGGAACGCAGUUACAAUGUCUAUGUCACAGUUGGACCGAAUGGGCCUUCUCCAACAAAGAAAAAUAGCGGGGGGGAGAUAGAUCCACUUGCAGACCCUGAAAAGAAUAACUUUCGACGUGCCGAAGAACCUGCGGCUGCGACUCAUACGCAGCCAAGAAGCCCGGUGCAUCCGGAUACCGUUUAUUUGGCAUUGGAAACUUCGACUGCUACUGAUAAACCACUAUCGAAGUCGCAGACAAACUGA